AGCGAUUCACAGUUACAGUUUUGGCUGCUCCAAUUUGAGAUUGGUCAUUGCGAAAUGUAUUUCGUCGAUAUCAUCGGCGCAUGUGGAGUGGAACGAGCCAAUUUCGUGCUCCGAGGUUGGGGACGGUGACCAUGAAAAUGGAGGUGUCACUGACGAGGAUGACAAGCUCUCUAUGCCAGUUAGGGCUUAUUUCUUUUCCACCAGUGUGGAUUUGAGGAGUUUAGUGGAGCACAACAAACAGAAUUUCAUCCCGCCCACAUCUCGGAUGACUAAUUAUGUUGUACUAAGAUUUGGCAACGCAAACUCUGAGCCUAAUGGUUUGGGUGCUAGUUUAAGUGGAAGCGACUGCUGUUACAUGGUAGUAUUCCAGUAUGGCUCAAUUGUCUUGUUUAAUGUUCAUGAUCAUGAGGUUGAUGGGUAUCUGAAAAUUGUAGAAAGAUGUGCUUCAGGAUUGCUCCCUGAGAUGAGAAGAGAUGAGUAUGAGGUGAGGGAGAAACCGACUUUAAAUACAUGGAUGCAAGGUGGAUUAGAUCACAUAAUGUUGCAGUACUUGAAUAUUGAUGGGAUCCGUACCAUUGGUAGUGUUCUUGGUCAAAGUAUUGCGCUUGAUUACUAUGUACGCCAG